AUGACUCAAGCUUUAUGCAGUAGUGAUCAUGAAUUUGAGGUGAAGUUCAAGUCUUUGUUGUACAAGAUUUUCUGGGGUUUGGGUUUGGGUUUGGGUUUGGGUUGCGUUAUCCCCCGCCGGGAGAAAGGGGAAAAGAGUUUGGAUCACAACAAGGCGUGGUUGCUGGCGGCUGCGCGGCGGAGGUUCACUCCUCUUUUAGGUUCAGCUUGUGCUCUCAGAUUGAAUGCGUUUGUGUUGGGGAGAGGGGCAUUGAGCUGUGUUUUUAGAGGGAGAGUUGGAUUCAUGAGGACUGCUGUGGCGAUCAAGAGGCUGGAUACAGACGAUAAGGAGGCUUCAAAGGCGUUUUGCAGGGAAUUGAUGAUUGCUAGCUCUUUGCAUAACCCUCACAUUGUUCCACUGCUAGGCUUUUGUAUGGAUGCUGAGAUGGGCUUAGAAGAAGAAGGUACAAGGCUGCCAUUGGGAUUGCUGAGGCAAUCAACUACUUGCAUAAUGGAACGGAAAGAUGUGUACUUGGCUCCUGAAUAUUUCCAGCACGGGAAAGUGUCCGAUAAAACUGAUGUCUAUGCCUUUGGCGUCGUGCUCUUGGAACUCAUUACUGGUAGGAAACCGAUUGAGUCCAGCAGAGGGCCGGGAAAAGAGAAUUUGGUUCAGUGGGCAAAGCCCCUAUUGCAGCAAGGAGGUGUAGAAAAGCUGCUAGAUCCACGGCUAGGAUUCACCCCGAAGAGCAUGAGUCAAGUCGCGCGGAUGGCACGAGCUGCGGCCGCUUGCAUAAACAACGAGAUGAGGAGGCCCGAGAUGGGAGAGAUCGUCACAAUAUUGAAAGGAAAAGAAUCCACUGUCUUAACCAGAAGCAAGACUCUUAACAGUGGUGCCACUGAUUCUCGCCGCGAGUUGUUGCAAACAAAGACUGAAAUGAAGAACCAUUUCGCGUUGGCCAUGCUCGGGGUCGAGCUUGAGGACGAAGACAGCCUUAAUCGUUGGUGAUACGCGGCCUCACAUUUCUCAUUUUAGGUCCAACAAGUUUGAUUUUUGUACUGAAAGCCAACUUGAAUGCAUAGGAAGUUGCUUUGACUAUAUAAA